AUGAAAAUCAGCACGUUCGUUAAUCUCCUUCAAGAAGAUCCUAGGCAGAGGUUUCAGUUUAAAGAGGAAACCAGAGGAUGGCCGGAGUCCCAUGUUAAAGAAUUGCUGGUUAGACAUCAUGGGAGGCAUUCUAUCAAGUCUGUGAACGCCGCUAAUAAACGAAUUACUUUGGGAAUGGCGCAUCAAAUGGGUAUUUCUACAGCAAUCUUCUGCACGAAUAUGCAGGGUUGGCGGUCUUUCCGCGAGUAUGGUAUUUGGUCGGAAGAGGACAGCGAACUCAUACGGUUGGUUCGGAGGGUUCCAGAGGUUUACGGUGUAGACAUGCUCGACUCUCAGCCUGUCUUAAUUUCCGUCGACGUCAAGAAAGCACUUUACAACAACAUCAUGUUUUUCAAAUGUCCCGACGGAUCGCUGGUAACAGAAGGUGACGAUCGAGGAUGUUUAAGCCCAGAGUAUUUCCAAGAGGUCAUUACGGUCAACUGGGAGAGAGAAGUUCUGUUGGAUCAGGCUACUGUGCUUUAA